UUUUCUUGAAAAGGGGCCUAUAAAAAAACAAAAGCACUCGAUAAUCCGACCGCUCAUGCUUCGGUCCGCGUGCUUCAAUGCAAACCGGCCCCAUUUUUCUUUUCAUACCCUUUUGCUGCUGCUGCUGCUGAUGGAGUGUGUUUGAUGGUAUUAGCCCCACCUCAGAUCUCAGUAACUUUUUGCAGGUUUUGUUCCUCUGUUUUGGAUUAUUAUUAUUAUUAUUAAGACCAUUCUUCCUUCUUCAUUCUCCCCCCUCUCUCUCUCUCUUGAUCAAACUCAACAUCUCUUCCAUUAGCUUAUGUAAUCGCUAAGCUAAGGUGAUAUUUGAUUGAUGGGUUUUCUUCAAAUUGGGGAUUCCUCCAUCUGGUUUUAGAAAAGUUCAAACGAAAGGAAGGGGUUUUCGCUAUAUGGGUUCUCUCGACGACAAAGUCAAAUCUGGAGUAGGAGUAGGACGUGGGGGAAAUAAUCUUCUUGACGAAAUGAAACUGCUUAAAGAUAUCCAAGAUCAAAAUGCAGUUGUAAGGAAGACGAUAAACUCGGAGCUAUGGCAUGCUUGUGCCGGCCCAUUAGUGACCUUACCUCAAGUUGGAAGCCUCGUAUAUUACUUCCCUCAAGGACACAGCGAACAGGUUGCAGUUUCCACGAAUCGAACAGCAACUUCUCAGAUUCCUAAUAAUCCUAAUCUACAGCCGCAAUUACUCUGCCAAGUCCAUAAUGUCACAUUGCAUGCAGACAAAGAGACUGAUGAGAUAUAUGCCCAGAUGAGCCUACAGCCUGUCCACUCUGAAAAAGAUGUUUUCCCUAUACCAGAUUUCGGGAUAAAAGCCAGUAAACAUCCGAGUGAAUUCUUUUGCAAGACCUUGACAGCAAGUGAUACAAGCACCCAUGGAGGAUUCUCUGUUCCUCGUAGAGCAGCUGAGAAGCUUUUCCCACCUCUGGAUUAUUCGAUGCAACCGCCGACUCAGGAGCUUGUUGUUAAAGAUUUACACGACAAUACAUGGACGUUUCGUCAUAUAUACCGAGGACAGCCAAAGAGACACCUUCUUACAACUGGUUGGAGCAUGUUUGUUGGAGCAAAGAGACUGAGAGCCGGUGACUCUGUUUUAUUCAUUAGGGAUGAGAAAUCGCAGCUUAUGCUGGGUGUGAGGCGAGCUAACAGACAACAAGCAGCUUUGCUUUCGUCUGUUCUAUCUGCCGAUAGCAUGCACAUUGGAGUUCUUGCGGCUGCAGCCCAUGCUGCAGCUAACCGAAGCCCGUUCACAAUUUUCUACAAUCCUAGGGCAUGUCCUUCGGAAUUUGUCAUUUCCUUGGCGAAAUAUCGAAAGGCGGUUUACAACACGCAGCUCUCGGUUGGUAUGAGGUUUGGAAUGAUGUUUGAAACGGAGGAUUCGAGCAAGCGUAGGUACAUGGGGACUAUUGUUGGUAUGAGCGAUUUAGAUCCGUUGAGAUGGGCUGGGUCGAAAUGGCGCAGUCUUCAGGUCGAAUGGGACGAGAGUGGCUGCGCGGAAAAGGCUAAAAGAGUUAGUCCAUGGGAAGUUGAGACUCCUGAAAGUCUCUUCAUAUUUCCUUCUCUUACUUCUUGCUUUAAAAGACCUUUGCAGGAACAACAUGUUUCUUUUGGUGAUCAACCGGAAUGGGGAGCGAUGAUCAAGAGACCAUUUGUUCGAAUUCCCGAAAAUAUUAACGGGAAUCUCCCUUAUCCUCCUCCGGUUUCAAGUCUAUGGUCUGAAGAUCUAAUCAAGAUGCUUAUGAAAUCCCAGACUGUAAACAAUGAAGCUAAUAAUCAUAAUAUUCAGAAGCCAGAGAACACAAAUUUCAUCAACUCUGAUUAUUCGGGAUUGCAACCACCACCACCGCCACCACCCGAGAAGCUCUCCAACCAUUCUGAAGCUGGCUCGAUGAAACUAGAGCCUACUAUUUCAACCACAGAUCAUCAAAGCCAGCUAAUUUCUUCCAUGGUGGAGCCAAGUUCGGUUAAUCAAUCUUUCGUGAAUCAAAACAACUCGAAUUUACUGCCAAUUAGCUCGUGGGCAUCUCAGUCGCAGCUAGAAUCGCUAAUCCUCCAUCAGCAACAGAUUGACGUGAAUCAGUUGGACAUCACUAAUACUAAUAAUGGCUUACAGACAUUUCCCGACAAUUCUUCGCUAAACUUUGGCCGACAAGAUCCGUUUAUGUACAACGAAAUAUGGGAUCAUCAAAUGAACAACAAUGUAAGGAGCUUCUCCCAAACAGAUCAUCAUCAACAUCAUCAAUUACCCAUUUUAUCGGAAGAAGGUUGUUGUCGUAACCAAAGCGAUCUUUACUAUGAAAGUAGCAACGGGGGUAGUAGCGUUGUGGUGGAUCCUUCUGUUUCGAGCACUCUUCUGGACGAUCUUUGCGUAUCGAAAGACCAGACCUUUCAAAAUCCUUCGGAUUAUUUGUUGGGUAACUUGAAUUGUAGCCAGGACAUUCAAUCCCAGAUUACAUCGGCUGCUGCAGGGUUAAUAGACUCUCACGUUUUCCCUCUUCAAGAGUUUCCCGAUAGUUCGGGUGGUGCGUCUUCUAGCAACGUGGAAUUGGACGAUACUAGUCUACUGCAACAGACUAAUUCGUGGCAACAAGUUGCUGCUCCAAUGAGAACUUACACUAAGAUACAAAAGACUGGAUCGGUUGGAAGGUCGAUUGAUGUAUCGGGUUAUAAGAAUUAUGAAGAGCUUUGCUCGGCUAUUGAGUGCAUGUUUGGACUGGAGGGAGUGCUGAAUGAUCGAACUUCGGGAUGGAAACUUGUUUACGUCGAUUUUGAGAAUGACGUAUUGCUCGUAGGAGACGAUCCGUGGGAGGAGUUUGUGGGAUGCGUUAGGUGCAUUAGGAUCUUAUCACCUACAGAGGUACAGAAGAUGAGUGAAGAGGGUAUGCAGCUUCUUAAUAACGCCAUGAUGCAGGCCUAGCAACUCAGCAACAAGAUCAAGAACAACAAGAAGAACAGUUGGAUGGAGAUGGAUUCUAAUUGUCUGCAAAUUUUAAUUUAGCUUAUUGUUUUAUGUUUUAGAGUUAUGUAUGUACGAUACUAAUUAAGUUGUUUCCACUUUUUUUUUUUUUUUAAUGUAACAAAAAAUAUCUAGUGGCUUGACUCUUUUUAAGUUAUUGCUCUUCUU